AUGCCCAAAUUUCCGAGCGGCUCUUCAAAUGAAGGGUCCCGAAAGAGGCCCAAGGUUACACCCCCUGACACUUCGCGACAGGCUCCGCCGAAACGUCCCAACAUCCGUGACCACAAAUCUAAGGGCGGGGGCUCCUUACUGGCUAUCAGGUUCUCUGAUGGUCGAGGGGAACUUGGACCGAACGAUAUGGUCUCCCUUCAGCAACACUUGAGGGCUUCUAUUGACAAAAUUGGAGGUCCCAGUGCUCUGAAGUUCGGCGGGGUCAGAAGUCGGGGCGGGAGCGUAGUGAUACAGUGCGAAGAUGAGUUGACCAAGUUGUCCUCCGCUCUGGUGGAGAGGCUUAAAAGUGGUCAUCAGUUUGCGUAUAUGAGUGGUCUUUCUACAGAGGAUGCACUGCACAACGUCGUGGCUCGUAUUGAAAGGUCCCUUAAAUCCAGUGAGAGCACUUUGGGUGUGUUUCUGGAUGUCAAGGGGGCUUUUAACGAGGCCCCGUUUGAUGUUUUGCUUUCUGGUCUAAAGCGGCAUAAUAUCCAUCCAUUAUGCUGCAACUUUAUUUCCCAUAUGCUUACAUCUCGGUCGGUGGAAUUUGUCACUUACGGUCAAACCUUCUCGAGGAGGGGCUAUGCUGAUGACGUGGCGCUGCUCUCUUCUGGGUUUGAUCUAAGCAUUGUUCGUGAUUUGGCACAGCAGGCUCUGUCUUUUGCAGGUCGCUGGAGUCGCGGAGUGGGCUUGUCACUCAAUGACAAGUCCUCGUUGGUCCUUUUUACGAACAAGCGCAAAUUCAGACUGAAACCUCUCACCUUGGAGGGGAAAAAACUAGAAUACAGUGGCUCCUGUACCUAUCUGGGGGUCACUUUGGAUUCAAAACUGAACUGGAGACUGCAUUGCGAUACGAAGGCGCGGAAAGCCACCGUGUCUCUAAUGCAAUGCAGACGGGCUAUGGGCCCUACCUGGGGUCUUGGUCCAAAAAGAAGUCUCUGGAUUUACAAGGCGGUGGUUCGGCCGGCCAUGGAGUAUGCUGCGAUGGUCUGGCUACCCGCGACCAAUAAAAAAUUCUGCGACCGGCUUCGGAGGGUACAGGGGCUUGCACUCCGCAUGGUCACUGGUGCUCUUCCGACUACUCCGACUGCGGCCUUAGAAACCCUACUUGGUGUCCUUCCAAUUCAGCUAAGACUUCAGGAAGUGGCUCUUCAAUCUUAUUUAAGAUUAAGGGUCCGUGGUCAAUGGUUGAACUGGGUUGGAUACGGUCGUGGUUUGAAGAAAAUCACUCACAUUGAGAUGUGCUCUAGCCUGGCUCAGAAUAUUCCUGAGUUGGGCUUUCCCUAUGACUAUGAAUCUGUUAAACCUCCCGAGGCUCGUAAUUUUAAAAUACGGGUCGCUACUCGGGAGGAAUGGCUAGAUAUGUACGACAACUACUUGGAUCUACCUGGGCUCCUCUGUUUUACGGAUGGGUCUAGGGGUAAGGGGGGAUCCGGUGCAGCCUUCAUAAUUGGUGAAGGUGGUAACUUCAUGGAUGGGGCUAGUGGCGUUACACCUCUGGGUAAUUAUGCUACGGUCUUCCAGGCUGAACAGAUUGGGGUUCUUUCGGCGUGCAACUACAUGUCAGAAAAUCCAAGUCUACACAAGGAAGUGAAUAUCUUUGUUGUCAAUCGCAGUGUCCUUGAUUCUCUUCUUAGUGAGCGGCUGGUUUCCUCCCUCACGGUUGAGCUUCAUAGGGCGCUGCAGCAAUUGAGCAUUCACAAAGACAUUACCUUACAUUGGAUCCCUUCCCAUUGGGGUUUAUGGGGUAAUGAAGACGUGGAUAAGCUGGCUAAAGAGGCUGCUAGUAUAACAACAUGCGGUCCAGAGCCAGUUAUCCCUGUCAACUCAGCAAUUGGAAAAUUUGCAAUAAAACAAUGGGCUCAGAAUGAUCAUCGGGUCUAUUGGUCCAACUUACUUAAUUGUAAGUUCUAG